UCUCUCGGGGACUCUCGACCUGCUCUCCCUCUGCGGCCUCACCUACAACUAACCAACCGAAAACAAGCGGGAACCAUGGCCCAGCAACAGCAAAUUAGCCUCCCAGCUAAACUGAUCAAUGGAGGUAUUGCAGGCAUGGUGGGAGUCACCUGCGUGUUCCCGAUCGACCUGGCCAAGACCCGGCUGCAGAACCAGCGCAGCGGCCAGCAGCUCUACCGGAACAUGAUGGAUUGCCUGAUCAAGACGGUGAAAUCUGAAGGCUACUUUGGCAUGUACAGAGGUGCUGCAGUGAAUCUCACCCUGGUGACCCCAGAGAAAGCCAUCAAACUGGCUGCCAAUGACUUCUUUCGCCACCAGCUGAGCAAAGACGGAGGAAAGUUGACAGUCUUCAAGGAGAUGCUGGCAGGAUGCUGCGCCGGGAUGUGCCAAGUCAUAGUGACCACGCCCAUGGAGAUGCUCAAGAUCCAGCUCCAGGAUGCCGGCAGGCUGGCCGCUCAGCAGAGGGUGAUGCCCAGCGUGGCCACGGCUCUGAAGAUGGGAGGGACGACUGCUGUCCUCAGCCGCUCCUACAACGCUAGCCCGGCUCCUCAGGUCAUGCGAGUGUCCGCCAUACAGAUCACCAGAGAGCUGCUCAACACCAAAGGAGUCACGGGACUGUACAGGGGCCUCGGGGCCACGUUGAUGAGGGACAUGCCGUUCUCGGUUGUGUACUUCCCUCUUUUUGCACAUCUGCACCAGCUCGGCCAGCAUUCGUCCGGAGACCCGUCCGUGCCUUUCUACUGGUCCUUCAUGUCCGGCUGCAUGGCGGGAUGUGUCGCCGCUGUGGCUGUCAGUCCCUGUGACGUUGUCAAGACAAGGCUACAGUCGCUCAAGAAAGGAGCUAAUGAGGAAACGUACAACGGCGUAGUCGACUGUGUCAGGAAAAUCCUGAAAAAAGAAGGACCCGGCGCCUUCCUGAAGGGAGCCAGCUGCCGGGCCCUGGUCAUUGCCCCGCUCUUUGGCAUCGCCCAGGUCGUGUACUUUGUCGGCGUUGGAGAGUUCCUCCUGGGGUACUCGCCCUACAACAUUUACUCUGCAUAAACUGCCUUUUCAGAUUUCACCUUUGCGACUGUAUCUCUUAUUUACGAGACUGGAGCUCUCCUGUGUAUUAGCCUCGGUUCGGUUUAUCACUUGAAAAGAGAGUUGAUGCUCUCACUGAGGGGCUGGACAGUCCGUCUUUAUCUCCGUUUGCCCAGAACAGACUCGACUCUACUCCUGUGGCCGCAAACCUUUAGUUCUGUCUUCAUGCAUUCAGGCUACAAAACACAUCAAAACCAUUCAAACCCUCCUGUAACUUCAACCUACAUUUUACAAACCAUCUCAGAAAUCACUACAUUUA